GUUAUUAUGAUCAAUAAUCAGUUUCCAGGGCCCCUUUUGAACACAACAACAAAUGAUGUGGCCAUUAUCAAUGUUCACAAUAACUUGACUGAACCUUUUCUCAUGACAUGGAAUGGAGUGCAAUUAAGGAGGAAUUCAUGGCAAGAUGGAGUUGAAGGAACCAAUUGUCCAAUUAUGCCUGGAAAAAAUUGGACAUACAAAUUUCAGAUGAAAGAUCAGAUUGGAAGUUUCUUCUAUUUUCCUUCACUUUUCUUCCAGAAAGCUGCUGGAGGCUAUGGUCCUAUUCGAAUUAACAACGUUGAGACUGUUCCUCUUCCAUUUCCGCGUCCUGAUUAUGAAUACGAUAUACUAAUUGGAGAUUGGUAUUUUGAUGAGUACAAGGACUUGAGAAUUUCUCUAGAAGAUGGAUGCAAAAUGCCUUUUCCUGAUGCCAUUCUCAUCAAUGGAAUGAGAUCUAAUCAAGCUAUCUUUGAGUUUCAACCCGGGGCUACCUAUAGAUUGAGAAUCUCGAACGUAGGAUUAAAAACAACCUUAAAUUUCAAAAUUCAGGACCAUGAAAUGCUUUUGGUGGAGACUGAAGGAGCCUACACUUUAAAAAAGUACCAUCAAAGUCUAGACAUCCAUGUUGGUCAAUCUUAUUCUGUUCUUGUUACUGCAAAGAAUCACAGCUAUGGUAGCUCUUAUCAUAUGGUAGCCUCUUCGCGAUUCAUCCCGAGGGAACUUUCAGGCCUUGGUAUUAUUCGUUAUCCCGGUUUUGAUGUUGAACCCCUGGUUGCUGUUUACCCUGAUGAACCUUCUCAGGACGAGUACGGAUAUUCAAUGGAACAAGCUCUAUCAAUAAGGACAGAUUUAUUAGUAGGAGCAGCGAGGCGUAAUCCUCAAGGAUCUUAUGUAUAUGGAAGCAUUAACAUAAGCCGGACACUGAUCCUCCAGAACGGUGAGGCAGCGUUGGAUGGACAAAAUCGAUACACUGUUAAUGGGGUAUCGUUUUUGCACCCGAGAACACCACUGAAGCUGGCAGAUUAUUUCCAGCUAAGUGAUGUUUUUGAGCCUGGUUUUGUUCCUGCUGCACCAGUAGAUGAUGUUCCUAGACUUGGUGUCGCAGUCAUUGAUGCCAAUUAUCAUGAUUUUGUUCAUGUUGUCUUCCAAAAUCCGUUAGACUCGUUACAAACAUGGCAUUCUGAUGGAUACAACUUCUUUGUUGUCGGAAUGGGCCGUGGGAAAUGGGAGGAGGGGAAGAUGGAAACAUACAACAUGAUUGAUGCAGUUUUUCGCUCAACGAUUCAGGUGUAUCCAUAUUCAUGGACCGCGAUACUGAUAAAGUUGGACAAUCAAGGGAUGUGGAAUCUGAGAUCACAGGAUGCAGAAAAAUGGUAUCUUGGACAAGAAUUUUAUAUUAGAGUGAAAGGAGAUGUGAAUGAUCCUUCCAAGAUUUCUCCAAGGGAUGAAGCUCCAAUUCCAGCAAAUGUUAUUAAAUGUGGAAAAGUUGCUGAUUUAUAAAUUUUGA